GAUGGCACUGUGAUUAUACAUACCAUUCAGAAAGGUCAGUACAUGCGGACUUUACGACCACCUUGUGAGAGUUCCCUAAUCCUGACCAUUCCCAAUUUGGCUUUAUCUUGGGAAGGACAUAUCGUUAUCUACUCCAGCAUUGAAGAAAAGACCACCCUCAAGGAUAAAAAUGCACUGCACCUGUUUUCUAUAAACGGCAAGUAUUUAGGGUCUCAAGUCCUGAAAGAACAGAUAUCAGAUAUAUGUAUAAUUGGAGAACACAUUGUCACAGGCAGCUUACAAGGACUCUUGUCUAUAAGAGAUCUCUACAG